CCCCAAAAAGUCUGUUUUACAAACAAUGAGACUUCCCAUUAGUAUUUAUUUCUGUUCCCACUACUGAUAUCUCGCUAUUGGCACAGCCGCUCUCUAAAUAAGAGCUGGAAAGAACCGCGCAGAAUGGCGAGAAUCAGUGGGGAAACGGCUAAUAUCUCCCAAAUAAACAAAUGUGUCAAUUGUAAUAUGUACAGAACAGCAGCCAUGUUACAGCGUUACAGUGGGAUUAAUAUCUCGGCACGAUUCUAUAAUAAUAAUUCUGAAUUAUAAAGAACAAAAGAAGUUACCAAAAUUCGAGUAUAUGUUUUUUUUUUUACGAUUGAAAAAACUCAAUGAGACUUUACUGGAGAAUAUUCUUAAGAACCAUGAAUAGUCGGUAUUUAUUCUCAAGGAGAAUUGUCUCUAAUACAUUUAUUUAUUUAGUUAGUUAUUAAUUAAAACAUUCAGGUUUUUAACCUCAUAGAAAAUAAAGAGAAGAACAAGAUUCUCGCCUAAAUGCUCGCGGGAAUAGUCUGUUGCGGUUUUAUAUUAAAUUAGCUAGCAUUCGAGAAGAAAAUUCACAUGAGUUUUGUUGCGUUUUUUUUCACAAACUCGAAUUUUGAUAAAAAUGCCCCUAUGUAUUCGGCUCAGGUUUCUGGGUAUUUGUUGGGCUUCAGCGCUUAAUUUUGUGUAUUUCAUUUCUCCAGGAUCCCAAAGCAGCACCAACCUUUCAGCGCGAGAUGAAAGGUAAAGAAGCGCUUGAGAAACAGGCUCAGGAGGAAGCGGAAGGAUUCGCCCGGCAGCGGGAUAUUCGAAUGGCUUUGCAGGAGAGGAUAAAGGAACAACUCAAUGAUGAAUUUCUGGACGAAGCUGUACAAUUUACUGUUCAGCAGAUCCAGAGAGGAUUUGAGAUUGAUUCCUGCCGAAUGCAGCAAGAAGAAGAACAAGAAAAAGCCAAGAAGGAAAUAAAAAAGCGCAAAUUAAGAAAUGUGCUUCUUAGGAAAAGGGAGAUCGAACGACAAACAGAAUGCGAAACAGAAGUGGAGAGACAGACCGAACAGAGACUGAGACAAAUGGAAGAAUGGAAACAUCUACAGAGAGAAGCGCAGGAAGAAGCCAACAAAGAGAUUGCGAAGCGCAAACUCAGAAAUGAGCUUCUUCUUGAAAUGCUUCUAAACAAGAAAGAAGAGGAGAAAGUAAUGGAAGGUCGUGCAAUCGUUGAGGAAGAAGAGAAGAAGGAGAGCUUCGUGGCAGUGAUGGAAGCACAGAGCCAAGAAGAAAUCACUCCACCGGGAGAAGCUCUGAUGCUUUCAAUUCCAGAAACAUCUGCUGAGAAACUGAGGGACUCUUUACCUGAAGAGAAUGACGACACCGAAGAGUCUGAGGCGGCCAUAGAGGCUCGAGCUGCAGUCCGGAGAAAGGAGUUUGAGAAGAGCGAAAGAAAGAGAGCAGCUCGAAUCCGCAAAGCACCUCUAAGGAAACCGCCUUCCUUUUUCGACAUUCCUGACAGGGUAAAGAGGAGAACUCGUUUCUACCAGAUUGUGGAGAAGAUUGAUGGAACCCUGGACCCGACUGGGUUGGAGAGAAGGCUGGUGGAAAAAACGCCACCAACUAUUGAAGACUUCCAACUCCAGUCGUAUCUCGGCGAGGGAUCGUUCGGGAAGCUUGUGCCUAAGGCCAACGCUGAGCAUAAAAUAGGCUGCACCGUCAUCUACUCAUUGGUGCCGGCACAGGGACUUACCUAG